AUGAAGCAACGUAUUUCAGCUUUGGAUCUCAAGCUCAUCGUCUCUGAGCUUAGUCAUUCCAUAAAGGGUUAUCGGCUACAAAACAUAUACAGUAUGAUUAACAACAAUAAAUCGUAUUUGUUCAAAUUUGCCAUUCCAGACUCCAAGAAAAGCUUGGUAGUUGAAAGUGGAGUAAAGCUUCAUCUUACUGACUUCCAGCGACCCACAACUCAGCAACCUUCUAAUUUCGUAGUUAAACUUAGAAAGCACCUGAAAGCAAAAAGAUUGACUAAUCUGAAACAAGUUGGCGAUGAUAGACUGGUUGUUUUUGAAUUCAGUGACGGAAUGUACUACUUGGUUUUGGAAUUUUUCAGCGGUGGUAACGUUAUCCUUCUUGACCAAGACCAGAAAAUCAUGACUUUGCAAAGAUUAGUGUCUGAAAAGGAAAAUAACGAAAAAUAUGCUACAGGUGAAUUUUAUAACAUGUUUGAUGCCAAAAAAUUAUUUAGUGAGGCACCGGCCGAUCAUGCCAUCAAGUCUUACUCAAAGGAAGAUAUAAUUCAAUGGUUGGAUACACAGGACUUCAAAAUUGAACAAGCUAAAAAGACUGGUAAAACAAUGAAACCAUACACAAUUCAAAAGCUUUUAUUUGUCAAUGCGCCACAUCUUUCGUCUGAUUUGAUCCAUAUCGUUCUUAGGGAGAAGGGAAUCGAUCCAACAUCGGAUAGUACUCUCUACAGAAGUGAAGAUUCAUUGGCUAAACUGUUAGAAUCAUUAGCUGAGGCGGAAAUUCGUCUCUCUGAAUUGUUGACUAGAAAGGAAGAUGUUGAUGGAUAUAUUGUCAGUAAAAGGAACCCAAUUCAUGAUCCAUCGACUGAGGGCUCUCUGGAGUACAUCUAUGAUGAGUUUCAUCCUUAUGAGCCAACCCACAAGAGAUCUUCCGAUACCCAGAUAAAGACCAUCAAAGGUUAUAACAAAACGAUUGAUGACUUUUUCACUACAAUUGAGGUUUCUAAACACUCGUUGAAAGAACAACAGCAAAAAGUCAAUGCUGAAAGGAGACUACAGUCUGUAAAAUCAGAAAACCUUGAAAAGAUUGCCAAAUUGACUGAAGCUCAGCUUCUUAAUAUACAGAAAGGUGAGGUGAUUAUGGUUUAUAGCGAUGUUGUUGAACAAUGCAAAGCCGCUGUCCAGAGUUUACUUGACCAGCAAAUGGAUUGGAAUCAUAUUGAAAAGUUAAUUGGUGUGGAAAAGAAACGUGGUAAUGAGAUAGCGAAGUUAAUCAACCUACCGUUGAAUUUGCUAGAGAAUAAAAUAUCAUUAGCUCUACCGUUGGUUAAUUUCGAUGAAUCAUCGGAAGAAGAAGAUGAAUCUGAUUCAGAGGAUGAAAGCGAUAGCGAAGAUAGCAGCUCAAGCGACGAACAAGAGACUAAGAACAAGAAACAAUCAUCAACAAAACAUAGCAGGAAAAAGGACAAAACCAUUAAUGUGAAUAUAGAUCUUUCUUUAUCGGCCUAUGCCAAUGCUUCGACUUACUUUGAUGCCAAGAAGAUUGCACAGGAUAAACUUGUCAAGACUGAGAAGAAUAGUGAGUUGGCAAUCAAGAGCGCCGAAUCAAAAAUCAAUAGAGAUUUGAAAAAACAGAAGAAAACCGAAUCUUCCCAGGUCAAUAAUUCCAAUGCAGCUCUCAGACAAAUCAGAGACAAGUUUUGGUUUGAGAAAUAUUUUUGGUUUAUUUCCAGUGAUGGUUUUCUCUGUGUUGCUGGACGUGAUGACCAACAAUUUGAUCACAUCUACUUUGAAUAUUUUGACAAUGAUAACGAUUUUCUUGUCAGCAACGAGCUGGAGGGUGCGCUGAAAGUUAUCGUUAAGAAUCCAUUUUUGAACAAGGAUGUUGCUCCGAACACUUUUAUUCAGGCUGGAGCAUUCUCCCUAUCAACUACAAAGGCUUGGGAAAACAAAAUGGUGUCUUCUCCAUGGAUUGUGACUGGAUCUUCUGUUUCCAAGAGAGAUGUGGAUGGAUCUGCUUUAGCGCCUGGACUUGUGAAUAUUACAACAGAGAAGCAGUUCUUGCCUCCCUGUCAAAUGGUCAUGGGAUUUGGAAUGUUGUGGCUUGGAGACAAGAGAACAAAUGAUGAUUAUUUAUCGAAGAGUCAGUCCAGAACUGAAGAACUUGGUUUGGAAAGUGUGGAUGUUAAUGCUUUUAAGAAGAAAAAGAUCGAAGAAUUGAAAACCAUGAUUGCCUCUUUAUCCAAAUAUGAAAAGGAACUGGAAAAGAAACAGAUUCAAAAUGAUAAGGAGCCUUCGGUUGAUAAUGCAGAAGAAGACAGCAAAAGCAUUGUUAGUUCGUUGGAAGGCUUGGAUAUCAAUGAGAACCAGACUCAAGUUAAACGCGGUAGAAGAGCAAAACUCAAAAAGAUCAAACAGAAAUAUGCGGAUCAAGAUGAAGAAGAUAAAUUAAAACGAAUGGAGCUUUUGGGUACUUUGAAACAAGUGCAAGCCCAAGAGGAUAUCGAAAGACAGCCGUCAAAGUCGAAUUCAACCAAUACCGCUCAACAGUCUUCAUCAGCAUCGAAAGUGCAAAAGAAAAAACUUGCUGAGUUGCACCAAUUAAGAAAACUUCUAGAAGAGUUUGAGUCACCAGAUGAUGAAGAAGUUGUCCCUGAACUACACUACACCCAGGUUUUAUCAACGGUGAUUAGUUCACCAAAGAAAACAGACACCAUCGUUGAUGCUGUACCAGUUUUUGCACCAUGGUCCUCCCUUAAUAAACUAAAGUACAAAGUAAAAGUACAACCGGGAAACAAUAAGAAAGGAAAAUCAGUUACUGAUGUUGUCGAAUAUUUCAAAAAGCUUACACAACAGUUUGCCAAAGAUGAAGAAGAUUGGUUUGACAAAGAAGAAAUUAUCUCUACCAUUGGACAGCAGGAUCUUUUAAUGCCCAUUACAGUUAGUAAGCUGAAGGUAGUAUUUCCCGGCUCUCAAGACAAAAAGGGAGGUAGCAGUAGCGGUAAGACGAAAUCAAAGGGCAAGAAGAAGAACUAA